AGAGAGAGAGAGAGUGUGUGUGGGUUAUAAGUGGUCGUUCUCCUUCUCUCUUCUCCCCCUCUCAUAGGAUUACUGUAGAAGAGGAGGAGGAGGAAGAAGAGGAGCUCGAACACGGCGACGCCGACAAGAGCUAGCCCGAGAAUGAUGCGCUUCGCUCUCGUUCCCGCCCUCGUCCUCGUUCUGUAGGGCCCGUUUCGUUCGUCCGAUCAGCGCCGUGCCGUCGCCCGCCGUCGGCGAUGGCGAAGACCGGGGUGUUCGACGCCGAUCCGGCGGCGAGGGCCGCGAGGGCCACCGAGCUGAAGAAGGAGCUGCAGAGGCUAGUCAGGUUCAUCGCCGACGACGAGGAGUGCAGCGUCGAGGCCAUCGACCACGCCAGGGAGGCCCUGCUCGCGCUGCGGGAGCUGAAUGCGAGGAGGAGGUCGUCCUUCUCCCUGAGGACGCUGGCGUGCCCCGAGGAGUACCGGUGUCCGAUCUCCAAGGAGUUGAUGAGGGACCCCGUGGUUGUCGCCACGGGACAGACUUAUGAUCGGCCUUCAAUCCAGAAAUGGCUAAAAGCGGGCAACAGAACGUGUCCACAAACCCAACAGGUUCUUUCGCACACAAUCCUUACUCCAAAUCAUCUGAUAAGAGAAUUGAUUCUGAAAUGGUGCAAGGGUCGAGGGGUCGAAUUGUCUGAACCAGUUCACUGCAUUGACGAGGAUAGUGUUACAGAAGCUGAGCGAGAUCGUUUUCUUUCUUUGCUGGAGAAGAUGUCGUCAAAUAUAUCUGAGCAAAAAGAAGCUGCAAAAGAGCUUAGAUCACUGACCAAGAGGAUGCCCUCCUUCCGUGCCCUUUUUGGGGAGUCACCUGAUGCCAUCACUCAGUUACUCAGUCCACUCUCUGAAAUGCAGCCCCAAAGUGGUACGAACCUUGAUCUCCAAGAAGAUGUCAUAACGACGCUCUUGAAUCUCUCCAUCCACGACAAUAACAAGAAGCUUGUGGGCGAAAUUCCGUCGGUAAUCCCUCUUCUGAUGGAUGCUCUGAGAUCGGGGACAAUUGAGACAAGGAGCAACGCUGCGGCAGCCCUUUUUACUCUCUCUGCUCUUGAUUCCAAUAAAACGCUAAUCGGCAAAUCAGGAGCCAUAAAGCUCCUCAUCGAUCUAUUAGACGAGGGGCACCCAUUGGCCAUGACAGAUGUCGCUUCGGCUAUAUUCAACUUGUGCAUCGUCCAUGAGAAUAGGGGCAGAGCUGUGCGGGAUGGGGCGGUUGGCGUGAUCCUAGAUAAGAUUGCGAACCGUAUUCAUGUAGAUGAGUUGUUGGCUAUACUUGCGAUGCUCUCGAGCCAUCAGAGGGCCAUUGAGGAAAUGUGUGAGCUUGAAGCAGUUCCUUGCUUGCUCGGGGUUAUGAGGGAGACGUCAUGUGCUCGUAACAAGGAGAACUGCAUCGCGAUUCUGCACACUAUAUGCUUCACUGAUCGAACCAAGUUGAAGGAAUUGAGGGAAGAGGAGAAUUCACAUAGAACGAUAUCUGAGCUUGCGAAGAAUGGAACCUCCCGGGCUCAGAGGAAAGCCAACGGGAUCCUGGAGAGAUUGAACCGGGCCAUCAACAUUACGCACACUGCUUAAUUGAGUUACUUCGCAGUGCUUGUAUAUUCUCAUCCUAUUUGCGGUAUAUCGGCUGCUUAUGCCACCAGGAAAUCCUUUCCGGUCCUGUGUCUACAUUGUAAAUUCUCCUUUCUCUAGAGUCUCGCUCUUGUGUUGAGUUAGUUACUGUGCAUAUAACGAGAGCUUAUAAUUUUUACAAGUUUCCCCUCUUUUCACCGUACAAGUGCUUCAGCGUGGGUAAGUUUUGGAUGCUUAUGCCUGCAGUCAGGAGAGUCAUUCCCUAUAGCCUUUCAUGUUCUUCCAGGUUGUCUUCCAUAGGGCGUGAAUAAUGUUCGUCUGGGAUAUGGUCUCAUUCUUGUCUGUGUUAAUAAGAACGACGGAUUUGACUGCUUU